AUGUCGAAUAUAAACUCUGUCAACCAGAAACUUUUGGGCUCCGAAAACUACCAAAAACUGCGUAAUUCAAGCGUUUUGUUGGUAGGAGCAGGAGGAAUUGGAUGUGAGCUACUUAAGGACUUAGUAUUGAUGGGAUUCGGGGCAAUUGAUAUUGUGGACUUGGAUACAAUUGAUCUCUCAAACUUAAAUCGCCAAUUUUUGUUCAGACAUCGCGAUAUAAAGCAACCGAAAUCAACAACGGCGAUCAAAGCGAUCGAACAUAUCAGCAAUUCCAAGCUUACUUCUCACACAGCAAACAUCAUGGAUGUAGAAACUUUCCCCCUGAGCUGGUUUGAUCAAUUUUCCAUCAUUUUUAAUGCUCUCGAUAAUUUAGAAGCUCGUCGCUACGUCAAUCAAAUGGCCCAAUUUUUGCAUAAGCCUUUACUGGAGAGUGGCACUGCAGGAUUUGAUGGAUAUAUCCAACCUAUCAUUCCCGGUUCCACUGAAUGUUUUGAUUGUACCACCAAGGAAACACCCAAAACUUUCCCCGUCUGUACGAUCAGGUCCACUCCGUCACAGCCCAUUCAUUGCAUUGUCUGGGCCAAAAACUUUCUCUUUGCGCAGCUUUUUGCAUCCAGCGGCUCAACAGUUGGUGAUGGUGAUCUCGGGACGGAUAAUCCCGAAGAAAUCAAAAGAAUACAGCAGGAGACCAACGAGUUGCAUGAACUGCAAGAGUACGCGAAGACAGGCGACGAGUCGAAGAUCCCUGAGAUUAUAAAAAAGAUAUUCGUUCAAGAUAUCGAAAAACUGCUGGCUAUUGAAGAACUAUGGAAAACGCGGGAAAAGCCAGUCCCGCUACAUGAUAUAAAAAUCGAUGGAAACAUCAACACUGACUUGAGUUCUGUUUGGACCAUACAAGAGCAGUUAAACGCAUUUGUGUCCGCAACGCGACGUCUCAUGAAGAGGCUUCCUGAGGAAGGACAGAUAGAGUUCGAUAAGGAUGAUCCCGACACUCUUGAAUUUGUCACGACAGCGGCAAACAUACGUGCCUACAUUUUCAAAUUGCCUCUAAAGUCCCUCUUUGAUAUUAAGCAGAUAGCAGGUAACAUCAUCCCAGCAAUUGCCACCACCAACGCUAUCAUUUCUGGUCUUUCCGCUCUUGCAUCGCUUAGGGUUCUAGAUCUCAUAAAAUGCCAACCAAAGGCAAACCCUCAAGAGUUGAAUAUGGCAUUCACCUCAAAAGCGAGUAACAUAUCAAGCAACCGCUACAUAUCGAACCCUCAACUGGCACCUCCCAACCCGAAGUGCCCCGUAUGCUCCAUAGUGCGUGGAGUGUUACGGAUCUCAACGGAAGGAUUGGCAAAUACGACACUUUCAGAGCUUGUUCAGAAAAUUAAAGAAAGAUACUCGUAUGAAAGCGAAGUGUCUAUUUUGGAUAAAUCAACUCAAAGACUACUUGCAGACUACGAUUUUGAAGAUUUGCUCCCCAAGUCAUUAGCUGAACUCAACCUCAAACAUGGUAUUAUACUCUCAAUUUCAGACGAGGGCGAUGAGGAUAAGGUGCGCUGUACAACGGAAUUUUAUCUUGACCAAAGUGAAGAUGCGCAACUUCAACUUCCGGACAUCGAGGUUCCUCUCAUUAAAGUCAUCACACCAAAUGAUGAGAAUGAUGACGCCGAAGGCGCUAUAGAAAGUACCGCAUCGGGCGAAAUCAUAUUGGAUGCACUGGAGGAUGAAAAUGUAAAGAAGCGGCCUCUGGAAGAAGAUCUAUCAUCUUUACCACCCUCCAAGAAAUUGGCCACGACACACGAUGACAGCGUUAUCAUACUGGACUAA